AUGGCGUCAGCCGGGAGAGAUGCUCCAGACUCCAGACGUUAUACAUAUAUAACGGAAUUGUGUCUGAGUUUCGAACCAGGGCAUCACCUCCGUAGUCCAGUACGUUACCCACUGAGCUACUGGAGCGUCCUCAAAGUGUCUGUCAGCGGUGUGGGGGAUAUGACGGAGUCAGAGACCUUGACUCACCUGGGAUACCAGCAUUGUUUUUAUGAGUUCUCCACAGUCUUCCGCCAGGGUGACGUCAUACGUGUCAGCAUCCUUGACAACAGUCUGUCGUGUGAUGACGACAACAACACACUGGAAGUCUUUGAUGCCUUCAGCACACGUCCCCGUAACCUGGGCAGAGCGUGUGCCGGCGGGGUCACAGAGUUCACCAGCCCCAAAGAGAUCUUGUACCUGGUGUUUCAGUCGGGGAGUUUUGACGUGGCCAAAGGCAGCGGGUUCCGACUGCAGGCAGAAGCUGUGCCCAAAUACACCCACUGCUACUCCCAGCAAGCCAAAGUGCUCACAGCGCAGUCCGAACCACAGGAAAUCACCACUCCCUACUACCCCUUUGAGGUGGCCCCAGGUGUCAACUGUCAGUGGUUGCUGAAGUCAGGCCCGGGUCAAGCGGUACGUCUGGAGGUCACACACGUGGACAUGGUGGGCUCCAACAACUGCUAUAACUUCGCUCUCCACGUCUUUGAUGGGAAAACGCCAUACGAUGACGAGAAGCUAGGGUCUGUCUGUGACAAGGAGAAGGCGCCUCUGACCUUCCAGAGUUCUGGAAGGUUCUUGUUCAUUCAGUUCACCUCAGGCCCCAACGUGCUCAACUCCGGGGGCGGGGUCAGGCUGACCUUCCUCUCUGUCUCCACAGGUAUAGGCCUACACUGCCGUCGGCUGAUAAAACGGCUUUUUUCAUUGUUGGUGCAAAUUUAAUUUUUGUUUUAAUUUACUAGUAAAUCAAAUCGAAAGCCUGAUCAGUUACCCAACUUUUGUGGAAAAAAAAUCAUAAUAAAACUGACUAGUUUUUUAAAAAUAAAGUAGAAUUUAGUUUUCGGAAGAAAGUAUUUCUAAAUGGGUACACCGACAACCCCCCCCCCCCUUUCGAUACUGCUGUUAAAAAAAGGCGUUUUGUCAGCUUACGCAGUACAGGCUCAGCAUUGUGUGUAGUCUAGUAUGGGUUCAAAUUCCUUUCCAACCGCCCAUUCUGAAUUAUUAAUGUAAUAAUAAUAAGCUGUAGGCAGUGAACAAUCUUGUCAGUUUGUUAGUGCUUGAGCACUAAAUCGGCUGCUUGCACUGUAUGCUUCCCGGGAAGCUGAGAAUGGUUCUGGGUGUUCUAUGGUCUGCAGGGGUUAUAAUGUAUUGUGUACAGUGCAUAGAGCUUGCUGUCGAGCGGGGAUAUGCGCUAUACAGAUGUUUUUGUUAUUAUCAUUAAUAUUGAAAACGAUAUUAAUUAGUCUACAUAACCAUCACUAAUUCUAUUUCUGUCAUUAUGAUGAUUAUGAUUGCCAUUGUAAUAAUAAUAACGACAAUAAUACUAGUUGAAAGAAAUAAUAAUGAUAAUACUGUAGUAAUAAUAAUAUGAUAAUGAUAGUUAUGAAAAGAUAAUUAUUAUUAUACUUUUGAGGUAAAGACUUUGAAAUUAACGUUUAUGCUUGAUAGACCUAAGCCAAAAGAUUGCCGCAGUCGUCGUGUUGUAUGCUAUGGUAUGAGUUUACAUCUCUUUUUGACACUAUAAGAUUACUUCACAAAAAAUUAUACGGGUCAAGGUUCAUGAAGUAAAGACUACGUCUAUUUUUGGCAAUUUGUAUGCAUUGAGUACAGACAGCUGUGAGCGUAACGUCCAUUUCUGGUAGAAUCGAAACAAGUGGGUCCAGAACCCUUUUUUUUUUGGUAAGUGUUUUACGGCACUCGCAAACUGCAUAAGGUCAUAUGAG